AAAUUUUGCAGAUUUUGUUUGGCUAACCUUAAAGAUAUUCAGCAUCAUGAUGUCAGAAGUGGGGCAUUUACUUUGAGAACACCAGAACUGUUUGAUGAAGCCAUUAAUGUGCUUAACACAACUAAUGCCUCGUGUGUUCAUGGUUUGAAGAGAGACUGUCCUUUAAGCAGACUUGCCCACUUUCAUCCUGCAAAAGGUUUUCCACCUGAUUUUCUGCACGAUUUAUUGGAGGGAAUUGUACCUGUGGAACUAUGCAUAUGUCUUUCAGAUCUUAUUGCUAAAAAGUAUUUCACAUUGAAUGAUCUUAAUGAUAGAAUAGCAUCAUUUCCUUUUCAGUUUUCUGACAAAACUAACAGGCCUCAGACAAUACCAACAAACUUUAAAAAAAAAAAAGAACAAUUGGUGGCAACGGACACGAGAACUGGGCACUUCUGAGAUUUCUUCCACUGUUGAUUGGCCAUCAUAUUCCAGAGAGUGAAAAAACUUGGUCUGUGAUCCUUGAACUGAAAGACAUUGUGGAGGUGUUAUCAAGCCCCUCAUUCACAACAGAAACCCUGUGCUACCUACAAGCCAAAAUUUCUGACCACAGACAGUUGCUCUUAGAAUUAUUUCCUGGUACUAAAUUACGCCCUAAACAUCAUUAUCUUGAACAUUAUCCUGUUCUGAUUCAGAAAUUUGGACCAUUAAUUGAGUUCUGGACAAUACGAUUUGAGGCAAAACAUUAUUUUUUUAAAAGAAUGGUUCACAAUACUGUCAAUUUCAAAAAUAUUCUGCACACGUUGGCCACAAGACAUCAACUGAUGUUGUCAUAUUACUUGGAGAUGCCAACUAUUUUCAAGCCAAGCAUUGAGACUGGACGAGUAUCAGUUGUGUCUGUGGGCAUCCUAGAUGCUGCAAUCAGAGAGGCUGUAUGGAAUAAGUUUGAAGGUCUGGACUCUGUUUCACUCACCUCCAUUGCUUACUUGAAUGGGACAAAAUAUUCUAAAGGCAUGGUACUCUCAGUUGGACAGACGUGUGGACUGCCAGAUUUUGGGAGAGUAUUGGAGAUCUGUGUAGUGGAUGGUUGCAUAUCAUUCAUUACUGAACUAUUCACAGCGACCUUCCAAGAGCAUCUCAGGUGUUACCAGCUCGCCAGGAGAGAUCCUGCAACAAUUGUGGUCAUUGAUCCGGACCGUCUGAAUGACUACAUUCCCCUUGCUGCAUACCCUGUUGAAGAAAAGCUGCUCGUCACUCCAAGGACAUUCAUGUUACAUUAAGGUAAUAUUUGAUUGGGUUGGUUUGUCAUACAUUUAAACAAACUCUUAAUCUUUGGACCACAUAACGGGAUAUAAACUGCACUUAAAAGGUUAGACGACACUAUUUGCUAUAUAACGAUGUAGUGUAGAAAUGGCUACCUGAUCUCUGAAUUCACCCUCCCUAUCUGUUGUAAUCUCUCUGCUGUUUUAACUCCAUUCACAGCUUCUUUUAGAUUUAUGUUAUUUACUGUUUAAUGAAGCGUUUUCUUGUUUGUUCACUGUGUUUCAGUUCUUGGUAUCUCAUCAAUGAUGCUUCUCAGAGUCAUCGUCUCACCUCAGGAAAUAAGACGUGUCACCCUACAGGAGGUUCCCCCAUCAGUUGAUGAGUUAUGUGUAGUUCUGGGCAACACUCUGGGCCUCCGUGGGAAGUUCCUUUUACAGUUUGAAGAUCCAGACUUUGGGAAUGAGCUCUGCAAUUUGACAGACAUCAAGGACCUACCAACUGAACGAGCCACACUGAAAGUUCUGUUCACGUUUUCUGAACCAGUUUCUGACUCGACAUUAGAUACUGCAAGCCUUAGUUCCCAGAAUAGUGCAAGCCCCAGUUCCCAGAAUAGUGCAAGCCCCGAGCCCCCUAGUAGUGGUGAUUCUUCAGAAUGGCCUGAUCACUUUGUUAUUUCAGAUUUCUCCCAUGACGUUGAGUUUCAGCUGAGGGUAGCAAAUGAUGCCUAUGCCAAGGAUGGAGCUGUGACGGUCAUCUCAAAGAGUGUGAAGAGUGAAAUACUGGACAGACUGGCUGAUAGCAUAGCCAGAAUCACUUGCUAUCCAAGUAAAGACAAUUUAGAAAGCGUAGCCAAAGCUCUUGUUGCAAAGCAUCCUUGUCUCAGGGAGCCGGGUUCAGGUAAAGGAUGGUACUGCUGGAGAUUCAGCCUGAUAUUCAAGAUGGGCAAUUACCGUCAGAGGAUGAUGGCAGCUGGAUGCCCUGAAGUUUUUGUAAAUAAAAGAAAAAGAAAGGGAAACACCAAGCCAGUCAAGAAGGCAAAAAAGGGAGAGAUCCACUACUUACCAGAGCCACCUGAUGGACAAAGUACUGUUAAAUCAGAGAAGGAUCGUGAGACCAUGCUUUUGGAAGUGCAGAAGAGAGAGCCAGAUUUGCACCUGCUCGAUGAAUUGAUGACUGCAACAUUCUCCCAGCGAAGACAAGAGAUCAUUGGUGACGAGCCACUCAUUUCUGCAGUCAAGGACAGAUGGCCUGCAUUGUUUAGUGAGAGACAGCUCAGUGCUGAGUUCAGUAGAAUCGUCACCAAAGACCUGCUGGAGUCAUUCCUGGAUGGACUUGAUGCCUUGGUGCCAGGUGUUCUACAGAUGUACGGAGAAGCUGCUGCAUCAGGCAGGAGGGUGCGCCUGAGCAGUGUUCUCAGUUGUCUUCAAAAGGAGGACACGAACCAAAACAAAAGAGCAGCUGUCCUACUUGGUCUUCCAUGCUACCUUGCAGAAGAUUCCUCUGACAUAAUCAGGAUGUGUGAUGGAAGACACCGUCUCUUCUCCAAAAUACUCUCCAAACUGCUCACGCAGCCCCUCCAAAUGCGCAAUGACCACCUGUUGUACAGCUCCCAGUUGGAGCCCUGCCUUCUCCACGACAUCUUCCAAGAUGCCAUGUCUGAGAUGCGGCGCUGGACGGUGUUGUCAGAUAGCGGGAUGGCAUUUAGCUUGGCGGCAGCAGCCUCUCCCAGCAUCAUGGAACACAUAUCUUUGGCAGCAGAUCAGGGGUCUCAAACUCAAAUUACCUGGGGGCCACUGGAGGAAGAGCUUGGCUGA